GAGAAGCAGCUGGUGGUGCUGGUGGGGGUGCUGGCCGCCGUGCUGGCCGCGUGUCUGCUGGGGCUCAUCUUCCAGUACAGAGCCAGGCCGCCGGCCGUGUGCCUGUCGGAAGCCUGCAUCUCCGUCACCAGCUCCAUCCUCAGCUCGCUGGACCGCGCUGUGAACCCCUGCGAGGACUUCUUCAGCUAUGCCUGCGGGGGCUGGAUCAAGGCCAAUCCGCUCCCUGACGGCCACUCGCGUUGGGGCACCUUCAACAACCUUUGGGAACACAACCAGGCCAUCAUGAAGCAUCUGCUGGAAAACACCACGGCCAACGUGUCGAGCGAGGCGGAGCGCAAGGCGCAGCGUUAUUACCAAGCCUGCAUGAACGAGAGCAAGAUCGAGGAGCUGCGUGCCACCCCCCUCAUGGAGCUCAUCCAAAAGCUGGGUGGCUGGAACAUCACGGGUCCCUGGGCUGGGGACAACUUCAACGCGACGCUGCGGGAGGUGACGGCGCAUUACCGCGUCUCGCCCUUCUUCUCCGUUGACGUCGGCGCCGACUCCAAGAACUCCAACAGCAACGUCAUCCAGGUGGAUCAGCUGGGGCUGGGGCUGCCCUCCCGGGAUUACUACCUGAACAAGACAGAGAACGAGAAGGUGCUUGCGGGGUACUUGAACUACAUGGUGCAGCUGGGGAUGUUUCUGGGAGGCACCGACGAGGAGUCGACGCGGCAGCAGAUGCAGCAGAUCUUGGAUUUUGAGACUGCACUGGCCAACAUCACCAUCCCACAGGAGAAGCACCGGGACGAGGAGGUCAUCUACCAUAAAAUGACAGCUGGAGAACUAAAGGAGCUGGCGCCGGCCGUGGACUGGAUGCCCUUCCUCUCCACAGUCUUCUACCCUGUGGAGAUAAAUGAGUCGGAGCCCGUCGUGGUCUAUGCCAAGGAGUACCUGGAGCAGGUCUCCGACCUCAUCCUGGCCACAGAUAAAUGUCUCCUCAACAACUACAUGAUCUGGAACCUCGUGAGGAAAACCAGCCCCUUCCUGGACCAGCGCUUCCAGGAUGCUGAGGAGAAAUUCAUGGAAGUGAUGUACGGGACAAAGAAGACCUGCCUCCCACGCUGGAAGUUUUGCAUCAGUGACACAGACAACAACCUGGGCUUUGCCCUGGGGGCCAUGUUCGUCAAGGCCACCUUCGCCGAGGACAGCAAGCAGGUGGCAGAGGAAAUGAUUGCAGAGAUUAAAACAGCCUUUGAGGAAAGCCUGGAGACCCUGCAGUGGAUGGAUGAAGAGACAAGGAAAUCGGCCAAAGAGAAGGCAGAUGCCAUCUACAACAUGAUUGGCUACCCCAAGUUCAUCAUGGACCCCAAGGAGCUGGAUAAAGUCUUUAAUGAUUACGAAGCCGUGUCUGACCUCUACUUUGAGAACGUCAUGCAGUUCUACAACUUCUCAGCCAGGGUCACCGCCGACCAGCUCCGGAAACCACCAAACCGAGACCAGUGGAGCAUGACACCUCCAACGGUCAACGCCUACUACUCUCCCACCAAGAACGAGAUUGUCUUCCCUGCUGGCAUCCUCCAGGCCCCUUUUUACACCCGUGCAUCUCCCAAGUCGCUGAAUUUUGGUGGGAUCGGCGUGGUGGUGGGCCAUGAGUUGACGCAUGCCUUUGAUGACCAAGGCCGGGAGUACGAUAAGGAUGGCAACCUGCGUCCCUGGUGGAAGAACUCCUCGGUGGAGGCCUUCAAGCGGCAGACGGAGUGCAUGGUGGAGCAGUACGGCAACUACACCAUCAACGGGGAGGCUGUCAAUGGCAAGCACACCCUCGGGGAGAACAUCGCUGACAACGGGGGCCUCAAGGCUGCCUACCGGGCGUAUCAAAACUGGCUGAAAAAGAACGGGGAUGAGGAAACCCUCCCAACCCUCGGCCUCACCAACCACCAGCUCUUCUUCGUCGGCUUUGCCCAGGUGUGGUGCUCGGUCCGCACGCCGGAGAGCUCGCACGAGGGGCUCAUCACCGACCCCCACAGCCCCUCCCGCUUCCGC